ACCGAAGGAGUAAGGAUACUUACUUAUAUCGUUGGUGGUGGAGUUUUGGAUGGGAGUCAUACGUACUAGUGCCCUUGGCUACCUGCGCCGAGGAUAAACUGCUCGCAUACGAGCAAGUUCAUAUACACCAAUGGAAUCCUUCGUUAAAUACGAACGGAGUUCGUAGGAGGAGGAAGCGUCGCAACGCGAAGCGUAUGGGAAAAAGUGAGCGGGAAAGGAUUCAAGGGGAGGAGGGAGUGACGCGGAAAGGCGGGUACGUCAAACCGGUGGGGAUUAUAUGUGAGGGAUUCACGGAGGAGAAGCUCGAUAUCGUCAACACACUCGCAAAACUGGAGAAAAGGGGUGUGCAUAAGUUUAAACUGACAUCCACCGGGGGUAUCCGCUGGCUAGAUAGGUGGAAGAAGAUUAGGAAGGCCUUUGGAACGUCGACCGUCACAUGCGAAAGUGGGACGAUGACGCUGGCAAAAUGUAAGCAGUAUUUGGAGCAGGGUGGAUGUAUGACGGUAAGAUAUCUGCGACGAUGGCAUAGUCGGAGUAAGAUUCGGAAGCAAGAGCUUAUCAAAACAUUGCGUGAUCCCAUGCGGAUUAGUGACUUGAAGCACCGAGACACAGAGGAGUUGUUCCGUUUGUAUCUGAGAAGAGUAAUCGGAAGGGUGAUCAAGGAUGUUUCAGGUUGGAUCAUGGGGGCAAACAUUAAUGUUAAACUGAAGUUUGACGAUYGUGUGAAGUUGGUGGAGGUUSGGAAGGUGGUCAACGACAAGAUUGGGGAACAAGCGCUGCCAUCAUGCAUGAUGAAGCGAGCACGUAGCAAGGUGAGGAUCAUUUGGACAAKCAAUCCAUYGGUCGCCGACUUGUUACAUAAUCAACGGACGUAUGCGCGUGCAGACGUCUGUACCUGCACGUGUGCAGGAUUACCCUAUCGAAGGAUAAGAGAACAUGUGCGAUUCAGACUGCGUGAUAUGGACGGUGUACACCCGAUGCUGUGCAACGYGAAGAAUAUACCGAGGGCAUCACAUCCGGAUCGAAGUACGCUGUUGAGACGCGAGAUUGAAGAAGCUUUCAACAAGUGGCCGAAUYGAGGAUCGAAGACGUGUGUCACGACAGUUGAGGAURUAAGCAAUUGUUUGAUUAGAACGGUGGCGCAACCCGAGAAGUACCUGCAGAUGGGAACGGUCAACGCGCUGAAAAACCAACUGACUGGGUUGGUAUGUACCCCACUGRAUAGGAAUCCGGGCGAGACCCUCGUGAUCUGCCCGGCCCUGUACCAUGAGGCGAUGCUCUCCACCUUUGUAUGCAACAGCGGUUACAAGAUCAUGGAGACAACCGAGGAGGUGAUCGCCGAGAAGAUGAGUAGGGAGGUGACAGAAGCCGGGCUGAAGAACUUCGUUAAAAUCGACAAGAAAGGAACAUUCGGUUGCGCUUACGUUCAGCCGAAGCACAAGGAUUUGGACAGAUACCGACCAAUUUUUCCAUCCUACAGCGAGCCGACUGUUAAAACCUCGAGGGCGGCAGCCAAGGCUUUGAACCAUCUACUAUAUGCAUUACCAACGAAAUGGCACUUCAAUCUGAAGUCAGUGACUGACCUGGUACCAAGAAUCGAGAAGAUCAACAAGCAGAUCCAACGAUUUCCAAGGCAGGAUCUGCAAAUAUCCACGAUGUCAUAUGACAUCAAGGAUAUGUUUAGCAAGCUACCACACACGGACAUCAUGGAAGCAGUCGAUUGGAUCGUCGAUCAUUUUCAGAGUAGAGGAAAGAAGUCAGUACGAGUGAACACUAGAGGACGCGGGAGCUCUUUCGGGCGUACCACUAGAGCUGAUCACUGGAGGAAAAUCGAGCUGGAGGACUUGAGGCGUUUUGUAGGUUUGGAUCUUCAGCACACCUAUAUCAAGGCGACUGGCGUGCUCUUGAAACAGGUGGUUGGAAUUCCCAUGGGGAAAAGUACCAGCCCACCGCUGGCGUGCAUCAUGUGUGCACACGCUGAGUUCAAAUUUCUUUGUGAACAAAGGAGUCAGCGGGCCAACAUCUUCGGGAUCCGGCUGAUUGACGACAUGAGUGUCGCUAUCGCAACCAAGAAGAAGGACAGGAGGAUUAGUGAGCAGAUUCGUGCAGAUUUCGAGAAAUGCUACCCAAGGAACCUUACGCUGAAGCGCACGGAUGGAGGGAAAAAGAACUGGGAUUUCCUCGGAUUGGAAAUGCGGCAACAGGACGUGAUGCCAUUCCUCUCCUGUGUACAGCUCUCGAAGAACGAAAAGACAGUAUGGACGGAAGAAAGAUUGGAAUUCAAAAUCGGACAGGAAUACCCCUCGUGGGGGAGUAAACGGCAGAAAAGUGAAGUGAUCGCAAGUCGACUGCACAGAAUUGAGAGGAACACGACUCUGCGCAGCGAGUUACCAGACAAAGUGUUGACAUUGUCCAGGGAACUGAGGAUGAUGGAUUUCCCUCAGGAGUUUUUCCUGCGUGUUCUGAAAAGUUUCUCAAGAGGCAGAGAUGCAAUCUGGGGCCACAUUGCUACAUGGUUAACUGGGUAACCAUUGGAGUUCUUCAGAAACUGGUAGUGAUGGGGAAGUGAGUGGUAGUUUGUCUGCAGCGUCCAGGUUCUGACAACAUUUUUAGGCUAAGGGUCUCGAAUUUGAACAGGAACAGGGUCAGCAGGUAGGCUAUCUUCAUUGCCCCUGGGGUACUGCUCCGGACCGUUUUACUGAUAGCGGUCGCGAGACUGGGUCUAUAUCAACAAUAGGCGGUAGUUUGUCGGUCUUUUCCGGGUCCUACGUCGCUGACACUC